AUGACUGCUGGUUCAAUAUCUGCUCCGUCAAUAAUUCCAUUACGUGUUGGAUAUACACAAAAAUUUUCCAUUGAUACAAAUACAUUGAUUGAAAUACGUAGUGAUACAAAUGAUGUUGAUAUUUAUUAUACAUUAGAUGGUUCAAAACCAGAUGCAUUUAUAACAUUAGCAACACGACGUUCGACUAUACAAUAUAAAAAAAAACCAUUUUAUAUACCAAGAGAUAUAGCUAAUACAGGCAAAGUAACAAUUAAAGCUAUAGCUGUAUCACGUGAUGGAAUUCGAGAAAGUGUUAUAGUAACAAAAAUAUUUGAUGUUAAAAUUAUUCCAUCAGAUCAUUCAUUAUCGGAUGAAUAUGAAAAUCGAUACUUAUAUGAAUUACAACAAGAACGAAAGGAAUUAAUAAGAAAGAUGCAAAAUGAAAAUGAACAAAUGCAACAAAAAUUAUCUGAAUCAAUGCAUCGUUCAACAAUUGAUUCAUUUGUACAAGAAAAUCCAACUAAUUAUACAUAUUCAAAUUCUCAAAUACAAACAAAUGUUUUAAGAUAUGCACAUUGUUUUGCACCUAAAUCAAAUGAUUUAUAUACACGAUCUUGUACGGAAUGUGGUCUACCUUGGCAAAAACUAACUCAUAAUCCACCGGAUAAUUAUUCAACUAAUAUAUGUACAAAUUGUAAAUCUACUAUUCCACUUAAUUCUAACACAUGUGUUGUAUGUGAAACACCAGUAUCCAAAGAACCACAGCAGCGACCAACUUCUCAAAAUCAGGUUUCACAAAAAUUAAUCAAAUUUUAA